UUCUGUCUCAAAAAAAAAAAUCUCUUUUCUCUCUCUCUUCUCCCCAAUGGAGAACCCACCACCAGCGGCGGCGGAGGGAUCGACCGAGCAAGACCCGGAGAGGUCGCAGCACCACCUCACAGUCCCAUCCGGACUGACCAAGUCCGAGUUCGACGACCUCAAACCCGCCGUGGCCGAGUUCCACACCUAUAACGUGGGCCCGGGGCAUUGCUCCUCCCUACUGGCGCAGCGCAUCCACGCGCCGCUGGAGACGGUGUGGAGCGUGGUGAGGCAAUUCGACCGCCCCCAGACGUACAAGCACUUCAUCCGGAGCUGCACGGUGAGAGAAGGCUUCGUAAUGAGCGUGGGAUGCACAAGGGAGGUCAAUGUAAUCUCCGGGCUACCGGCGGCGACGAGCACGGAGAGGCUGGAAUUGCUGGACGAGGACCGACACGUCACCGGAUUCAGUAUAAUAGGAGGGGAGCACCGGCUGAGGAAUUACCGGUCGGUGACGACGGUGCAUGGGUUCGAGAGGGAGGGGAGGAUCUGGACCGUCGUUUUGGAAUCGUACGUGGUGGAUGUGCCGGAGGGGAAUAGCGAGGAGGACACGCGGCUGUUUGCUGAUACCGUGGUCAAGUUGAAUCUGCAGAAGCUGGCGUCGGUCACGGAGUCCAUGGCCCGUGACGGUGACGCUAACUCCCAGGUCUGAGACUCUGAGACGAAUUACAUUUUGUUGCCUUCUCUGGUUAAUUGUUUUUCUCUUUGUACUUUUAUUUUGUUACGCUCUGUGGGUAAUUGUUUUUUUUUCUGUUGUUGAAUCGCGAAAUUGUCCUUGGCUACAAUGGAUUGACAGAAAUAACGUGGUUGGGAAACUGGGAAUUGCUGGCAAUUUUAGUCAA